AUGGCUCUUCCUCGUGACUCUCUUCGACUUUGCACUGCCAACUUUCAAAUCCCCAAAGUCUCUAGAACUCCAUUCAUUGCCCAUCGCCUUACGACUAGUCACACAAGUUUAUUCCAUCGCGCUCAUUCUCUCAAGAUGAACGGUCACGGGGAUCUCAACAAUUCCCACGCCGGGAGGACGGCAGUUGAGCUGACUCCAGACCCAGCCUUUGCUUAUCGAUCCCUCGCCAUUGACCCUUCCGAUGACCCUUCUGAAAUCCGAGAGACACACCGUCCUUUUAUUCUUGAAGACAAGUACAUAAAAGAUGAUUGGGUUGCAGAAUUGGAGCUGAGCACAGCUAUUCAAAUGGUUGAGUCCGAGAUUCUCGAUAAAGGUCUUGAUCGUCUGCGCAUCCUGGUCCUCUACGGUAGUCUACGGAGUCGAUCAUAUUCUCGCCUCCUCGCCUUCGAAGCUGCACGCAUCCUCCACCGCCUCGGCUGCGAUGUUCGAGUCUACGACCCAGCCGGCCUCCCUCAAAAAGACGAUAUUCAACACAACCACUCCAAGGUCCAAGAGCUUCGUGAGCUGAGUAAAUGGAGUGAUGGCCACGUUUGGAUAAGUCCAGAACAACAUGGAAACUUGACUGGCAUCUUCAAACAACAGAUCGACUGGAUCCCCCUCUCAACCGGCUCUGUCCGCCCAACUCAAGGUCGAACCCUCGCCAUCGCUCAAGUCAGCGGCGGCUCUCAAUCCUUCAACGCUGUCAACUCUCUCCGUAUCCUUGGGCGUUGGAUGAGGAUGUUUACGAUACCUAACCAAAGUUCUGUGCCAAAAGCUUAUACGCAGUUUACUUCUGAGGAGGAAGGGAGCCGUAUGCUGCCGAGUGGAAAUCGUGAUCGCCUUGUCGAUUGUAUGGAGGAGCUUGUGAAGUAUACCAUUGUUAUGAGGCCGCAUUUUGAUCUGUUCGGGGAUCGGUAUAGUGAGAGGGCAGAGCGGAGGGCAAAGGAAGAGGGAAAAUAG